CCCUAAGUGACGCAUGCGUGGAGGAUAUGCGCUUUGCAGCAAAGUCCUCCUUUACUCCACACACGCUUCUAAGCCUCGGCACAUCUCCUCACAUCGCUACUAACUACACUUUAUUCAUCCUCCGUGUCAGGAUAAACUCCACUCGUCUCAGUCAACUUUGGGGAUUAUUAGGCCCGCUUAGCUUGCUAGUUGUUUUAGCGCGCUAGUUAGCUUAGCAUGCUAGUUAGCUUAGCUUGUUAGUUGUUUUAGCGCACUAGUUAGCUUAGCGUGCUAGUUAGCUUAGCGUGUACGAUAGCAGAGUACAAAGAGGAACUUUCUCGAACAAAAGAAGAGAACAAAAGACUACGUCAACUACUGGAGGCUGUUUUCAAGAAACCUCAAGUUGUGUUACACAGAACAGAAGUCUGUGAAGAACAUCUUCUCUCUGAGCAACAGAAGUGGAGCUUCAGGAUGGACAAGGAGGAGCCACAGCCCUUCCACAUUAAGGAGGAAGAAGAGGCGCCACAUACAUUACAAAUGCAAAGGGAAGAAAAUAACCCACUGACCUCCCAUUUUAAAGAGGAAGAGGAGGAACACAGCAUCAGUCAGGAGGGAGAGCAUCUUGAAUGGUUGGAGGAGUUCCCAGUGACUGGUGUCCCUGUGAAGAGUGAAGAUGAUGAGGUCAAAGGUGAAAGUGAGGAGAAGAGAGAGGCGGAGCCUCCAAGCAGCAGCUCAACUCAACACAUGACAACAGAAGCUGAUGGAGACCACUGUGGAGGAUCACAAGCAGACAAGCUCUUAGCUCCACUAUCAGAUAGUGAGGACACAACGUCACACUCUCCUGACACUGAUGAUGAAGACUCUAAAGAUGAUAAGACAUGUCACACUGACAACACACACUUCACAUGUUCUCACUGCGACAAAACUUUUAAUGACCGUUGUCGUCUAAAAACACACAUGAGAACACACACUGGAGAAAAAACGUUUUCAUGUUCAAUCUGCGGUAAAGAUUUUAGUCAUAGGCACAGUUUGAAAAUACACAUGAGAAUACACACUGGAGAAAAACCUUUUUCCUGCUCAGAAUGUGGUAAAGAUUUUACUCAAAGGCAACAUUUGAAAAGACACAUGAGAACACACACUGGAGAAAAACCUUUUUCAUGUUCAAUCUGCGGUAAAGAUUUUACUGAAAGGCAAAAUUUCCAAGCACACAUGAGAAUACACACUGGAGAAAAACCGUUUUCAUGUUCAAUCUGCGGUAAAGAUUUUACUCAAAGGCAACAUUUCCAAUUGCACAUGAGAAAACACACUGGAGAAAAGCCUUUUUCCUGCUCAGAAUGUGGUAAAAGUUUUGUAACAAAUGAAAACUUAAAAGUACACAUGAGAACACACACUGGUGAAAAACCAUACCUCUGUUCAAGCUGCAACAAAAGCUUAUGUCACCUAAAAUCUUUGGAAGUACACAUGAGAACACACACAGGUGAGAAAGUGUUGAGUUGCAGUGUGUGUGGUGAAAGAUUCUCUUAUAAGUACCAGUGUAAGAAACACAAGUGUGCUGGUGAGAACAGCAGCAGCAAAGUUAAAAGAAAACUUUAACUUUGACUCACUAACAACAUCAGCACAUAUAACAUGUGUGACAUCAUUGUUGUGUGUGUAACACAAUCUUGUUAUUAUGCUUAUAACAUACAUAGAGUAAAUACUUCAGAUUAGUGCUUUUAUUUCAGUCAAGUACAUGAGUUAAUAUACACAUUUGUGUACUUUAAAAUGAACAGAACAAUUUGACUGAAAAGGUGAGAAUAAACAGUACAUAAAAUAUGUUGCAUAAAAUAAACAUUUUAUGUGUAGAAAUUCAUAAUUCACUUUUAUACUUAUUCAUAAUAGUGUUUUAUAUAUGUUUUUUUGAAAUAAUGAAGGGUUACAUAUAUUAUUUUCUAAUUGUAGAAGAUUCCAUAGAUGAACUCCUUUAUAUGAUAUACAUAUUUGUUUUACAUGUGUUCAUACCUUUGCUUUUGAGUACUCAUAAAUCCCUCUUAGUUCAUAUUUACUGGUUCACAUCUGAAACAUCUUCUGGACCACUUCUGGAAGCAUAUUAUUAUUUAAUUUGUAAAUCAUUAGAGCAGUUGUCUUUUAUACAAUUUUAAAAUGUGUGACUUUAUGAAUCAUUUGUUGGGUCUCUAUAAUCCAUUCUAUUAAUUGUCUUUAUUACUCUCUUGUGUAAUAUGAAUAUUGUUGUGUGAUUGUUUUAUAUGUAUGUCCCCAGACAUUUAUGCAAUAAACAAUGUAUGCUUCAACUGAAGUUGGGUACAAUAAAUGUAG